GUCUGGUCCGGACUCUGUCGGUCUCCCAUAGAAGAAAAGUUAGUCUGAAGUUUCUGCAUCUGGAGUCUCUUUAACUUUUCUUCCUCUUCUUUUUCGUCCUCUUCCUCCUCCUCGGCUCCAUCAUGUCUGGUGUGGCCUCCACUCUGGCCAAGAAGCGCGCACUGGCAGCGGGCUUCGGGACCAACGCCAAUGCGACGCGGUACCUGAAUCAAGACUUUGCCACUCUGCGCGCUCAGUGCCGCGCCUCCGGCAAACUCUUCUGCGAUCCCAUGUUCCCCGCCGCUCCGGAGGCGCUGGGCUUUAAAGAGCUGGGUCGCAACUCCUUCAAAGUCCGCGGGGUGACCUGGAAGAGGCCCACGGUAAGAAUUGGACCCGACCGGGAUUUGAGUUUAAAGAUACUUGGGCUCUGCAUGGGAAGAAGCACAGUUUGCAGGAGUGGGUGUGGUUGGGAGGGCGGGCCGCUGUUUGGAGUGACGGGGGUGGAGGGGAGGGGGUAUUUUGGCAGAAUACCUGCAGGCAACUCAUAACUGAGGGAGUCCUGCUGAUGGAAAAACACUCUGCGGGAGUUAUGAAAGAGAGGGAACUGUUUAAACAGAGAGAAAGAGACAGAGAUAGUUACAGCAAAAUACAGAGAUCACGACUGAGCAGAUAUGAGACAUCAAAACAACAUUCAGACAGAGAUAGUGCAAGGUGAAUGAAAAGGUAAUGACAUAAAACAGAGAUAUUCCACAUGAAGAUUAUAAUCCAAUUUGAGUGCACUGAUCAUGUAGAUGUUACUAAUGUAUUACAGCAAUAAUGCAAACCAACAAAUCAUCUACAGAAAGAGUGCAAAAACGGAAAUCUCAAAGAUAAUGAUAACAGGAAACAGACGCAAUAAAUGAAAAUAAAUAAAAAAUACUGUGAUCAUUAUGACAUUAUAAAGAGUUCAUGCAAAGAUGUUAUAGAGAUAAUAAUGACACGAAACAGAGAAAAUGCUACAAUUAUGUUUAGAUAAUAGUAACUUUAAACAGAAAGAAUUGAUAAAGAUGCUAUGUUACAGAUAGAAAUGACACGAAACAAUCAGAACGUCCAUUAGUGUAACAUUAAUAACAACUUCAUAGAGCAUUACAUUAUAGACACUGGAGUUAUUGCAAUAACAAUAAAUAAUCAUUAAAUUAUAUACCGAUAAUACAUAGAGAUAUUGAUAUAAUACAGAUUAAUGCACUGAUGUUAUGAAGAUGACUAUUGGACAUUAUACAGAGAUAAUGUCACAAUGAUAUAGAUAUAAUGAGGAAAGAGUUUGAGAUAAUGUCUCAGUGUUAUAGAGGUAAGGUUUCAAUGGUACUGAGAUAUGGAAAACAUCACACAGAGAAAUGUAUAGGAUAAUGAAGACUUUAAAGAGAGUAGUGUAUCCAUGUUAUAGUGACAAUAUAGUCAUAAUAAAGACAUGUUUCUAUGUUAUAGAGCUGAAGAAGACCUCAAAAUAAUGCAUCAAUUUUAUAGCUAAUGAAAACUUUGUAAAUGUUUUAAUUUCAUAUUUAUGGAGCUUAUACAGACUGAAAGGUUAAUAGAUAUAGUUCAUCUUUAAAAGUGAGAUUAUGAGAUGUUUAGAGAUUUUCAGAGAUUACCAGAGAUAGUGUUGGUGUUUAGAUAAAAGAUGAUUUAACGGACGAUUAUACUCAGGAGUGGCAUGUCACAGUCUGUUAGAGAUAAUGAGGAUAUAAUGUAUACCAGAUAUAUCUCUGACACCAUUUGUCAGUCAGGAUGAACUAUGUUUAGUUACAGCUGACACACUUAAACAGAAACAUCCUAACAGAGCCCACAGGUUCAGUAUUAUAACCAAACAUACUAUGUCUGUGUUACUGUGAUGAUUUUAUUCAACAGGGUCUGAAGUUUCUUAAAAGCUAUCAGGAACAUCUGAACAUGACUCAGAGAUCCUACAUUCCACCCACAUGACUCACUGCCAACCCAAAAACUUAGCUGCUUCCUGGUUUAACAGCCACAGGGAGGAAACACUACACAGUCCUAUUACACACACACACACACACACACACACACACACACACACACACACACAGCUGUGUCAAUGUUCAGAGGAAGAGCAGGGAGUGACGCCUGGAACUGAUUUUAUCAUUAAAUAAAAAAGUAACCUUUGAGUUUUUACAGUAUGCAGCUGCCCACAGACUUUAUAAAGUUAUAAUGAACACACAGUGACUAAGCUCAGGUACAGGUGUAUGUAAUCUACGAAUCAGGAUCAGCUCAGGUGUUAUCUCCUUAAACUGUUCCAGGUGUUUUAAGUGACUGAAUGAAAAGGUUUACAUCAAAUAUUAUAAGAGAUUAGCCGUGACACCUCAUUUCCUCUUAUGUCUGUUCGCGGUAUGUGCAGAUCUGUAAAGAAACACAUGGUGCAUUUAGUGGUCAACAUGAGGAAGAGCAUUUCUCUUUGGCUCAUUCAGUCUGAAUACUGAUAAAUCUGACUGAAUGAAAGAUUUAGGCUCAACUCACCGCGUGGAAACAAGGGAUCAGUGUUUCUAGCUAAUCAGAUCAAAUCUAAGGAUAGGGUGGCACUACAGAUUUAAUUUUCACUUUAACACCUUGUCUCUUUUUCCUUCAGGAACUGGUCUCUAGCCCUGAGUUUGUUGUGGGUGGAGCCACCAGGACUGACAUCUGUCAGGGAGCUCUGGGUAAGUUUUCCUGAUGGUCUCUGAAUGUACCAUUCCCCCAACACUUACAACAUGUACAUUUUCGCCUGCCAAGCUUUUAAAAGAUGUUUCCGUGAGGACCACUACCGUUAAAGAAAACUAGUUAUUUUCAUGCAGCAAGUUCUGUUUGGGAUGAUGUGGCUCUAUUCUGACAACUCUCUGCCCCUCCACUUGUGUACGUGGAAUGCCAAAGCCUGAGGCGGGGAGAGCACAUCUACCCUCUGUUUUAUGUGCAUACAUGUUGCUCUCCCAAGGCAGGACAGGCGCCAGCAAAGACCCCUGGGCUCUGUUUUUAGAGCUCCCUGCUCUGUCCUGUGCAUAUGAAGAGAUCACACCUUCCCUUUAUUACAUGUGAAAAGCAAUGGUAGGAAGAGCAGCAGCGAAGACACUAAGAAUUAGUGUUGGGUGGUAUGACGGUAUGAGAGAGAGAGAGGGAGGGAGGGAGAGAGAGAGAGAGAGAGAGAGAGAGAGAGAGAGAGAGAGCAGAUGCCUGCUGUAUCUCUCUAAGUCAGUUUGUAGUUGUCUGUGCUCGCUAACAGGAAAGCCGGAGUGCAUCAGUUUGGGUGCGUUUCUGUAUAUUCACCAGCGUGUCGUGCGGAGUUUGCUCAUUCCGUUUGAUUGGUCAGGUUUGGGUGCCCUCCCUAUUAUCACCAGCGUGUGCAGCAGACUGUUUGGCAUAGUUUCUACAAAGAAGAACAGAGCUUGGCAGAGUCUUUCGCCAAAGGUGCGCCAUACGAUAAAAAAAAUCGCCAGACUGGGCAGGCAUUUUGUUUGCAUUUGUAUACAAACUGGGUUUAAAAAUAAAAGGAAAAUGAACAAAUGCAACAGUAUGGUUAUUUUUAAGCCAUUAAUUGAAUUCACAGGAGGGAAAAAACAUUACCGUGAUAUGAAAUUACUCAUACCGUGAUUUAAGAUUUUUUUCAUACCGUCCAACACGACCAAGAAUCUGUUUUGGGAGCUCCUUGCAUGUCCAUGUUGCAUGCUUAAGUUUGAGGCACAAAAAAACAAACAAACAAAAAAAUCAUGGCAGGGAGAGCAGCAGCAAAGACCCUCCUGAGUACAGAACAGAGAAACAUCAGAGUCAAUCCAUGUAACAGUGGUAAAACCAGACAAAGCGUAAAAAGGAGGAGCAGGGGCGGGUUGCAUGGUAGUUUGCAGAAGAAGCAGGAAGGACAGGCAGUCUGAAGACCUUUAAAUAGAACAAAUAUUUUCACAUUUUACUAUCUGAUGGUAGAAAGUAACCAGCAGAGCUGUUGGCUGAUAUGAGCUGGUGUUAAGACCAGCUGAUGUACUGUGGGCAGAGCUUGACUUUGUGGCCUGCCUAAAGUAACACCUUGCUCGAUGUUAUUAUUUUAAAAUAUCUAAAAGACACCCCUGUUUCAUUCUGCGUCUGGCUUUAUGCUGAUAUUUUACUUCAGAUUGUUUUGAGUUAAAAAAAAACAAGAGAUAAAUGAAAAAAACAUCUGCAUACAGAAAAUAAUAGGACUGAGAAUGUACACGGCAGUUUAAUUGGGAAACUUAAAGAUACUUAUACACACCCCAUUACUGUCUUAUAUGAACUCCAACUGGAUCAUCAGUUCAUUCAGAGCGAAGUGUUUUUUCUGGGUCAUUUUUACUAUGCUUAACUGAUUGGAUGUGUUCAUGUAAACACAACUGUUGCCUGACUGUCCCUGAGUGUACCACAGACAUAUAAAUAGUCAGAAGCAGCUGAUCAUGAGCAGACAGACAGGUUUGGAUCAACAUUCAAACAUGCAGCAGCUUUAAGCACAGAUGAGGUGAAGUCUGCUGAUUUAUUCUGGUUAUACUUUAUCGAUACCUGCAGCAUGUUCAGCACUAAUGUUUUGUGAAAAUUUAAAUCCUGGGGCUGCUGUCCAUCUCCUCUAGUGGAAAUUUGUAGACCUUUGUUUCGUGUUUGUCUUCAUAGGCCACCAUACAGACAGGGGUAGGCACACAAACAUGUAGGCAGGUAGCUAAGCACUCUGCUGAGUAUUCUGCCUGAACUUGUUUGAGGUCAGAGGUCAGAAGUCCUCAGAGAGCAGCUGUUUGGACAGAAAAAACUUAAGCUUUACUCAUGAAUAUAUAAUAGAUGGAUGAACUGAUAGGUUCACUGACAGACUGGAGGUCCCUUUAAGAAGAUCUGUGUUCUAAUAAAUGCAUAUAAUGUUACAGAGUUUUUAUAACAGGAGGCAGUGAGAUGGUGACGGGUUUUUCAGGUUCUCUGAAGGGCAAUUAGGAGCUCAGAACAAAAAUGGGGAGCGAGCAAGUUGUAGCUUCUAGCCUCAGGUGUUUUUUUGUAAGGGCAUCAUUUUAAGUCUGUGACUACAAAACUGUGUAAAAGGUAACACCCCCAAGCUGUGUCCAACUUUCAGAGCUGAAAUUAGGGUUUUUGUAAAUGCCAGAAUAAGAUACAUGCUAAACUACUCUCGAAGUGUAAAGGGGAAUUUAAGUAUUAGGGCUCCAAUAACUUUUAAAAUGGAAAAAUUUUGAAGCCCCACCCCCCCAUCAUUGACGACACAUUAUUAAUCACAACCUGUGUAAACUCCCUCCUGCACCCUUUGGUGUUAUUGCAGACACAAUCUGCAAAUCACACAGGAACAAAUACGACCAGGAACUGCCCAUUAACAAAGAAAUCCACUCAAAGUGACUCAGCGUUUCUGAGAUGUGGGCGGCCCGACGUUGGUUGAAGUGAAGCCGAGGGCCAGAUAUGACACGUCAGAAUUCCCUGUGUUUGUUUUUGUCUCUGUGUUAUUUUUACUAGCUGCAGCCUUUGAUUAGCCUGGCACUCCUUUUACAGAACUUGCAAUGUGAAGCUGGCAGUGUCAACUGACUCAUUUGUGAAUUGUAACAUAUGUGACUGCAGCUUUUAGCCUGUUUUUGUAAAGUUUUUCCAGCCGAUCUGCAAUUCACUUCAUGCUUUCAGCUUCUGGCAUGUCCACACAUUUUUACACAUUUUCACACAUUACCACAGAAAUGCAUUUUUCUCAUUAAUAAAUGCAGACAGUGGUUACAGUCUGAAAGUGUUUUUUUCUGAACAUACUGUAUAUGAGCACAUCAGCUACAUGAUUUUCAGUCACUCAUGUGUGAAAAUUUACAUCCUGAACUGCAUGUUGGUAGGUCUUCAGACUAAUCAUCCUCUGGAUUUAGGAAUUACUUUUUGAAAUCCAAACUAUCAAUCAGUCAAUCAAUCAAUCAAUCAAUCAAUCAAUCAAUCAAUCAAUCAAUCAAUCAAUCAAUCAAAUUUUAUUUAUGUAGCUCCAAUUCACAACAUUCGUCAUCCCAAGAUGCUUUCCAAAGAAAAAGAGCAGGUCUGGACAACACUCAUUGUUUGAUGAAUUAUCAAGACCCGACCUAAGACGGUAUUUGGCCCAUCUCAUCUAACACGAGAAACAGUGGCAAGAAAAAGAAAAAACUUCCUUUCAACAGGCAGAAACCUUGGGUAGGACCAGACUCAUGUUAGACAGAAGAAGAAAGAGAAUAAGUAAGGGAGAGGGAGGGAGAGAGAGUAGAGAACGAGGGUGAGAGAGAGAGACAGGGGACAGCAGCAACAUUAAAACAACACCAACAACAACAACAGCUCAUGUAAUAGUGAAGCAGAAUGAAUUCAGUUUACAAGGUUAGGAUAUAAGUAAUUAUGGACUAUGUUAAAUUAAUUUAAUGUAACCGUCUGUAGCAUCUGUCCAGAGCAACCUCGGAAACUGGGGGGCUAUGAAAUGGGAGAAAAUGACUUCAAUGUACAGGAUAAUGAAGUAACUAAUUAUGGACUAUGUUAAAUUAAUUUAAGGUGAUUAAAGUUAAAACUCAAUGGCAGUUUACUCUAGUGUUAUUUUAUUGAUGUCAGUUAGGCUGACGUACGUGUCUGCAGCAACAGUCCAGAGGAGUCCAAGAGAUGGAGGAGCUCAGGGCCUGAGGUGGACAAUCAAAGAUGAUGCAGCUGGGGUCAGGCAGUUCCAGAAACAUAAGACUGACACAGUUAGUCACAGUUUGUUGUUGAACUAAAUUAUUUUAAACUCAAAAUUUUAAUUUUUAACUCAACAACAUUUUCAGCUUUAAAAUUUGGUUAAUUGUAUUUGUUAUUACUCGGCUGGUGCUUGUGUUUCCUUUUUUUCCGCACAUUUUUCUGCUGUAGCAGAGAGGCGUUCCUGCAUGUAUCAUAAACACUCACAGUCUGAGUUUGCAGACUUCUCCUCCUGCUUUGUUUGAGCUUGUCUGACCGUGUACUGUAGGCAUGAUCCAUAGUGCUAGUGUGAGGUUUUAACUCUCUGCAGCUAACAGUGUUUUCUGUCUCUUUAACUCUAACAAUGGGGCCUCUUUAGAGGGGUUUGAGGCAGUGGAGCCAGAACUUUGUGUAACUCUGUCAGUAAUGAGGAGUUUCGGGAGGUUUAAAGAAGCAGCUGGUCCCUAUUCAGACUUUAUUUAGUCAUAAACAGUGUGCAGUACAGACGCUCAGCUAUAAGUCUGCUUGAGGGGUUACAGACGCGUUCAGCAUCAGUGUUUAGGUGGUGUUUAACAGCAGGAACUUAACCCGAGUGCAAGGAACUCUAUGUAUUGAUAUCAGGAACCAGGGUCUAAACGUAGUCAAAGAAUAACUGAACUGUUCCUUGAAAAGUUCCUCUUGAGAGGCUUCGGAGAGUGGAGCCUGACGACAAUGUCAUUAACAUCGUAAAAAGAUCAUUGAAAAGUUGGAUGUGAUAACCCAUCUGUUCCUUAAAAAGUUCUUUUUCCUGUGUUUUUACUUUCUCAAGGAAAUUUUUUGGGGAAGAGCUGAACAGAGAGAGGGGCAGAAAGGUAGAUAUUAGGGGUGCAAUGGUACACAAAGUUCAGUACCUAAAUAUAGUACAGCAAGACUUAAAGGAGCUUUGAAAUGGGCUGUAUUGACCAAGUAACUACCCUGGACGAGCUCUCUCUGUGCCAUUGGCCUGAUUUUCAUAGUCUUCACUUGACAGGAACCAUUGAGCUUCUUGAAGGAAAGUUCCUGGAACUGAAAAUGAGCUCUGUGAUGAAGCAGGAAGAAGAUUUGUCACAGCAACAGAUGUUGAUGUUGUUACAGUGUGAGGGGGAAGGGAACUGUUGUAAAUAAGUGUCAGGAGAUAAACUAUGAACUGAUUUACUCAAAAUAAGAACGCUAUUUACACAGAAUAAGAAGAAUAAGAAAGGUGGUAAUAUUUAGCCUAACAUUGACCUGAUGAUUAAAAUAAGUUACUCCUCUGGGCUCAGAUUAAACUCUGAUUUAGUAAAAGUUAGUCCGUUUCUGUUAAAGAUGUUUUAGUCAUGUUUGAUCCUCUGUUCACAGCAGAGUGUUUUACACUAUUUACCUAAUGUGAACCAGCUGAAAACAUGGACCUGCUCUUAUAAGAGGGCGCUGCCACGCUGCACUCUGAUUGGCCCAGCAGAAAGGAGACAGGAAGAGGUCUGCCAGCUAUUGUUGGAGGGCGAGAGACAAACACACAUUAAAGAGAGAGAGGGGGGUGAAGAUAUGUACUGUCAGCUAACAAGGACACACCCUGACACACACACACACACACACACACACACACACACACACACACACACACACACACACACACACACACACACUAACACAAACAGACUCACAGAGAGAUACACACUUAAACAGAGUUGUGUUGUGGUGAUGACUCACACUCAUGCCGUGCCUUAUUUGUAAACCACUGUAGCUCUCUGACUCUCAUGUUGCGUAACAGGGAGACAGUUUUUACUUCAAACCCCACAAACUUUUUCAUCAAAUUAACUACAAACUACACUUUGUAAAAACUAUCUCCGCUUUCACUGAAACGUCAAAGCCGACGAUUUUGGGCUGAGGAAUUUGCCUCAGAGUAAGACCUCUGUCUGAUUAGAGCUGCUGUGAAUAUUUGUGGUCAGACUGCCUUCAGGCUGUAAUUCUCCUCAUGUGUUUAAUCCUCUCUUUCUUCAUCAGGAACAGAAACCACAUCAGAGUCCCUUGACAACAACGCCUGCAUUAUUUACAAUCAAAAUUCUGUAACUUUAUUUGAACAUAAUGCUGCUGUAGUGUUUAAUGUUUCUGCAGCUUCAGUCAAUCGUAAAUAUUUGAAAUCCUUUACUUUCAAAUCCUGGGACGUAUCUUUUUACAAAUUUUAGGGUCUAACUGACAAACAGGUCCAAAAACAGUGACUGAGUCUGCAGGUGAUUUAUUUCCCUCCUGCAGCAGGUAAACUGUUUGCAACGUAAUACUUGAUAAGUCAAAGUGAGUCUCUCAAAGUUGUAGUUUUAGUCCAUGACAGACUUUUGUGUUUUAUUAUGUAUGUCUGUGCAUAAAGAGGCUCGAGUGGGAGGGUCUUUGUUUAAAAACAGUUGCUAACUUGCUGUGAAUUUGAGGCUGUGCGCGAGCAGACUGUGGCUGUCAGAGCUUCUCAGUUCCUUGUUCUGUACUUUGAUAUAAUUAAAUCAGGAGACAUAAGGUCCAUUCAGACUUGGUUUUAAUUCUCUAAAAACAGUUAGUGUGGUGAAGUAAGGGACAGUUUCAAUUUUAAGCUCAGGUAUCGUAAAAGAAGUCUGUGUCAAUAAAACUCAGAGUAUACAGAUACAAUAAUCAUUAUUAAUAAAAAAACAGAGGAAUUAUUUAAUAUAAGUCUGUAUGAGCUCUGGGACACUAACAUGAAAGGCUGUUCUCAGUUUGUCAGACAGCACAAACAGACAGAUAAUAAAUAGAUAAAUAAAUAGAUGAAUAAUCAGACCCUGCAGCCUACAGGGGGCAGCACUGAGCCCCUCCCAGCAUCACUAAGCGUUCUCCUGUAUGUUCAUCUGUCCAGGUGACUGCUGGCUGUUGGCCGCCAUUGCCUCUCUAACCCUGAACGAGUAUGUGAUGGCCCGAGUUGUUCCCAUGGACCAGGGCUUUGGAGACGACUAUGCAGGGAUCUUCCACUUCCAGGUAACACUCACCUGAUGUGAUCUUACCUCUUACCUGACAUCAGAGUGCUGCUACUGUUACUGUACAGAUAAAUUAAAUGUGAACUUGCUGUGUGUGGAGGUCAGAUGGACAAAAAGAUGGUCAAACAGGUCUGAGCAGACACAUGUCAGGGUGAAUAAAAUAACUUUAUUCAGACAGUAUCGUUAAACACAGUAAGGUCAAUGUGAUCUGAAAAGGACCAAACAUUGAACUCUAGGGGAAUCCAGACCUGAUAGAUGGUUAAUGAAACUUGGUUUGUGCCCUUAUUUUAGUGUUAGUAAGUAAAAAACUGAAUAAAGUUUUACAUAUAUAUGAUUUAGGAUUGUGAUCUUCUAAUGGAGCUGAGACAGUUCAGCAGCUCAGAUGUAUAUUAUGCUUGUUAGCAGUAAAUUGUUUAUUUCCUUAUGUUAACACCUGUAAAAGUCAGCAAACAGCAAAGGUACAAAAUAACCAGAUAUAUAUUCUGUCUUACUUAAAUAUCUACGUUUCAGACCAUUUAAAAUUUUUAUCCUAGACAUUUUUCUAUAUUGAGGAAAAACCUCACGUUUUUAGGUCAAGCUUUUUUAAGUGCAGACACGCUCUGCUCGGCCCACCUGUUAGGGAGUUUUUCAGAUUCUCUCUGAAUGAAUCUCACGUUUUGUAGUUCAGGUUAACUCUAACAGAGACUCAAAGAAAGCAGCAGAGUCCUCAUUUAAACUGCUAAGAAGGUGCUCUGCAUGCAGCUUCAAGUUUCAACCUGUCCUGACUGCAGAUGUGAUCUGAGCUGAACUGUGGUUGAGACAGUAAUGAAGCAGGCUGAAACUACAACUGAAUCUAAGCACCAUUAUCAACACAGAAACUGUUUAAAAGACAGUACAAACUUGUAGUAGCGCAGAUAAGUGACAUAAUCGUUCAGCUGGUGAUCCAAGCAUGAAAAUUGGCAUAAGCGUUCUUCAUGGGUCACUUUACUAGAAAGUGUCCCAGCCAUUUGAAAUUUCAACAUAGCCGCCACCUAGGUGGAACAAUAAGUGGUGUCCUUGUUGAGUUGGUGAUGUAGGCAUGAAAAUUUGUAUGAACAGUCUUCAUGAAUCACUCAACAAGAAAAUGCCCCAAGUUGCUUGAAAUUUUAAGAUGGCAGCCAUCUCAUUAAAAUAGAUAAAUUAUAUAAGUUGGUGAUAUAAACAUGAAAAUUAAUAAGACCAUUCCCCAUGAGUAACUUAAUAAGAAAAUGCCCCUAGCUUCCUGAAAUUUCAAGAUGGUGACCAUUUUAAAGAUGUCUUUUUAAUAUUUCGUGUUUCUCUUUUUAAUUGAAACAUAUGUUUAUUGAGGAGCCUCUAAAGGGAUAUGGAGAAAAAAAACACAAACAUGUGUGCGCAUGCGAAAGAGGUGCGUUGUUCUCCUGUUGAAAACACGAGGUAUCCUCUUCUUCCAUGCCUUCAGUGGCUGUGAUGUCGUGUCAGCUUUCCAUGCAAAAUCAAAGAUGUCUGCGUGGAAAACAUGGAAGGUGUGUGAUGAAGUCUUAAACAUUUGAGACUUGUGCUGCUGGAAGAGCACAUGUGCAGCUUAGGAGGCUGGAUAUAUGUGGAGACAGGCACCGAAGCAAAAGCCAGAAAUGCUAAGCCCAUCUGACUGGGUAUUGAUAAAAGAAGAUGAGAGUUGUUGGAAGUUGACCAAAUGACGGUGCACCGAGGAAUGUACUGGACGAUGCAAGUGCUUAAAAUAUGGACUCACUUGCCUAUGAAGUUGCCCCUGUUUGAAGCCAUGUGUGCAUUCUUUUUUCCAGGACUACUUCCCCUUGUUUACAUUCCUUUUGUCGGAAAGAAAAAAGUUACAAAAAAGGUACAAAAAAAACCCAACACAUUUUCAAAAAGUUAAAAAAUUAAAAAAAACUCCCUUGUGACUGUUACCUUGUUGUGGAAAGGAAGCUCGCAUACUUCCAUGAACCCUAAGAGUUAUGCCAUUGGGAGGCAACUGCUGGCAGGUUUUUACCAAAUCGGACAGGUCAAGGGCAAGAUGUUGGACAAAACCUAGUCGAGCAUUUUCUUGUAAAGUGACUUAUGGAGAACACUCUUCCCAAUUUCCAUGUUUAUAUCACCAACUUUACAAGAUAUUACUGCUGUAAUGAGAUGGCGGGCAUCUUUUAAAUGGUCACCACCUUGAAAUUUCAAGCAGCUUGGGGCAGUUUCUUGUUAAGUAACUUAUGAAGACUGUACAUACCAAUUUCCAUGGCUAUAUCACCAAUUUAACAAGUACAUAACCUACUUGUCCACUUAGAUGGACAAUCUCAUCUCGAAAUUUCAAAUGGCUGGGACACUUUUUUCUAGUAAAAUAAAGAGAGAGGAUAUUUAUGUCAAUUUUCAUGCUUGUAUCACCAACUGAAUGAUUCCAUCACAGCUCCUACUGCCUGAACUGAGUCCAAGAAAAGGUGUUUUAUCCUCAAAAAGUCUUUCAGGAAAUUCGUGAAAAAACAGCGACCAUCACUGUAAACUAGCUCUGGUCCACUCUGGUCUUGAGGUCCUGAAGGAAACACAAACAUUGACAGGCUGUGAACUAAGGGCUUACCUAAUACCUAUAUCAUACAGUAUAUCAUUGUGUGUCCUCUGUCUCUGUCCGUCUGUAGUUUUGGCAGUUUGGUGAGUGGGUGGACGUGGUGAUCGAUGACCGUCUGCCCGUAAAAGACGGAGAGCUGAUGUUUGUGCACUCGGCGGAGGGGAGGGAGUUCUGGAGCGCUCUGCUGGAGAAAGCCUACGCCAAGUAAAAAAAUAGCCGGGAUUUAACCUGACAACCUUUGCUAAAGGUGUUUCUGAGAACCUGAGAGUCAGGGCACAUGUGUUCACAGGGACUGUCUUAAACUACCUGUUUUUCCUGUCACAGAGUGAACGGCUGCUAUGAAGCUCUCUCUGGAGGAUCCACCACUGAGGGUUUUGAGGAUUUCACCGGAGGCAUCGCAGAGAACUUUGACCUCCGCAAACCGCCGUCCAACCUGUUCUACAUCCUCAAGAAGGCUCUGGAGGCGGGAGCUCUACUGGGCUGCUCCAUUGAUGUGAGUGCAGACAGAAAACACUUCUUUAUAUCAAAACAGUUCAUUAUGUUUGUUUCUAUAGACCUGAUCAGCUCUGUAUGAAAACUGAGCCCCUGUUUCCACUCUCUAGAUCACCAGCGCUGCAGACUCAGAGGCUGUGACGCGUCAGAAGCUGGUGAAAGGCCACGCCUACUCGCUGACGGGCGCCGUGGAGGUGACUUUUCUGUUGAUGAAAUGAGACCUUUAUGACGUAAAAUGAAGGUAGGUAGGGUAAAAAGCUUCUUAUUUCAAUUGUGUUCAGGUAAAUUAUCGUGGACGGCAGGAGAAACUGGUGAGGAUGAGGAACCCUUGGGGUCAAGUGGAGUGGACUGGGGCCUGGAGCGACGGGUAACAACAAUCACAACACUGACACAUUCCAUUACACACCAGGGACUAUACACACCAGGAUGAUAUGAUAUGACAUGAUGUGAUAUGAUAAGAGUUAGAGAGCUAGAACAUUUUCUAAAUUCUGGUUAAACUGUUAAUCAGGACAUGAAGACUGGAGCGUACAGUGUAUUAAGAUGUUGUUACCAUGCUGUCCCAGAUCUUCAGAGUGGGAUUACGUACAGGGGGAUUGUCCACAUGCCAACGCAGAGGACGGAGAGUUCUGGUAAGAAUAAAACUCACACUGAAUGCGAUAACUACACUUUCUUCUUAAACCUUAGAUCUAGCUGCAGAGUGAGCGCUCUACUUUUUCCCAUCUCUGCAGGAUGUCCUACAACGAAUUUCUGCGGCACUACUCUCGCGUCGAGGUUUGCACUCUGACUCCUGACGCCAUUGAUGAUGACUCUAUCAAACACUGGAGCGUCAGCAAGUUUGACGGCACCUGGAGGAGAGGGUCCACUGCCGGAGGCUGCAGGAACCAUCCAUGUAAGCAGUAAUGAGGGUGGACCCUCACCUGAGUGUACCCACCUGCAAGCAAGUUCUGGAUGUUUAGUGUCCCUGAUGUAAACAGGAGCUGUUGUUUUUUCUUUGUCUCGCACAGACACAUUCUGGACAAACCCUCAGUUUGUGAUCAGGCUGGAGGAGGAGGAUGAUGACCCUGAUGAUGGGGAGGUGGGCUGCAGCUUCGUGGUAGGUCUGAUCCAGAAAAACCGAAGAAAGCUCCGGAAACAAGGCGAGGACAUGCACACAGUGGGCUUCGCCAUCUAUGAGGUGAGACUGAGGAUAGACAGUAAAAAGCAUCAACUGAAACACAGUCUGCUGUCAGACUAACACUGUUCCUCUCUUCUCUUUACAGCUCCCACAACAGGUGAGCUGUGAUCUCUGAUGACCCCAGUUUAAAGGCUAAAAACACACACCUUUCUUCACCUCUAACAGAGACACAGUAAAAGCUCUCAGCUGAGUUCAGACAGAGAUGUACCUAAAGUAAAACAAGAAACAAAACAGCUAGUAUGUUUACAUGAACUUCUGUGAUUUGGGAUUGUGUCGUCAAAGUCACUCUGGCUAAUUCUCCUCGUUCACUGGUCAGCAAAAUCAUUAAAUCAUCUACUGACAGUUUGUCAAACACUGGUCUCUGUUCAGGGACUUUUCUGUCCCAGCUUUGAUCAUUCGAUCAUUGUGGCCUCCUUUAGAAAUGCAACUGCACAUCAAAACAAAGCAGACUGCAGGCACUGUGAUUGAUCUACUGGGUGGAAGACGUGUCCAUUGACACUCCCUGCACUGCAGUGGCGGCUGCUGGUCUUUCAAGGAGGGGAAGCUCAUUUUUCUGGCCUACAUCAUAAUUGUAUUUGUUCAUUAGUAUGUAACAGAACAGAGUCGCCAAACACAACGGCAGUCGUUUUUAACAAAGACAAAAGUCGCUGAGGAUUGGUAAAGUCUCUGGAGCAGUUAAGAACAACGGAAUGAAUGACUUGGAAAAUGCUCUGGUAGAUGUUUUAUUCUUCAAGAUCGCUGAUUCGCUUGUUUAGCUGUCAAUCAAAAAAGGAUUUCGCCUCAGACAGCUCAUCCAAUCAUGAAUGCAGAAGCUUGGAGUCCGGGAGAAAGUCGGGACCGCCCUCUCGCCAUAGAACUCCAGUGAAGCUGGGCUUCCGAUGGGCGGGACAAAGCCCAGCAUUUAUCCAAUGAGCGUCUAGUUUUGCUGCUGGAACAACCCACUUUAAGCUUCCACAUUGAAGUCAGCAGAAGCCCAGCGUCCGACUGUUUGAAGCGCUGAGGCGCUGCGAGGAUGAAUGAGAACGAAGUUUAGACCUGUGAUUAUCAGCUUCUUAUCACAGUGUCUGAACAAAAGUUGAAGGCUUUCUAGUGCGUAUUUAGUUAAUGAAAUGUACACACAGCCGUACGUAUUUCACCACUUGGGGGUGACAUUUUAAGGGAAGCCGAGCUUCCCUUGCAGUCUUAGAGCAAUCGCCACUGCUGCACUGAUUCAGCAGCUGUUAGUCUGUGUCUGCAGAGCUGCAGGCUGCAAAUUCAAGACCCCAUUUUUAUGACUGUGUUAUGUCUAAAACACUUGAUAUUCAGACAGUUUAACAGGCUGCAGUUUGAUGGUCAUAUUUUGACUAACGCCUCUCAAAGCUCAGAUGUCAGAGGGUCCCUGAAAGCACCAUCAGAGAGACUUGUCAAACGCUCUCAAACACAUCUUUGACAAAAACCACAGGCUGGUACUUCCUGUUUCCUGUCUCUGGUUUCUACAGAAGUGAACAGAAAAUCUGAGUCUGUUUCAAUCAAACAGACCCAUGAAUGCAUUUACAUGUAAAUGUUCAUUAAUGCAUAUUGUCCCAUUUAAAAAAGAAAAAAUCCUAAAUCCUAAACCCUAAACUGUCAGUCCUGGCUGAGAUCAGCACCUUUCAGCAAAGUGGAAGACAUACAACAUACAGUUUAAGUAUCAUCACCUCCUGUUGCUAUAAAGGGUCAGAGUAUCUGCAGCCUGAUGCAUCUUCCUCCAACAACUUCAGUGUGUUUUAAAAUCUCUGACAGAGAGACACUUGCUCAGAUUGAACCAUCCUGAAGGAACUCUAUCUCUCUUCGUGAAUUUACAGACUCAGUCUGAGGACUGGAAGGAAGUAAGAGUCAUGUGACUCAGUCAAAGAGCAAAGACUGUAGCGUUUAGGAUUUUUCAUAUUAAUAACAUCACAUGCAUGCAAAUAUAAAACAUCACCACAGUCAGUCAUGGGCAUUAAAGUCUUAGCAACAACAACAGCAACAACAGUAAGUCUUUCUCUGCAGCUACAGAAAACUGCAGGAAGUCCAACUGCAGUUUCAGUUUCUUAACAAGGAGCUGGAUAUGAAUCGGUAGAAUCAGUGUAUCAUUUAUAGAUAAAAAGAGGAACACACAACUGUAGUCACGUCACACUGAGACGUAGCAGCAGACAGCAACUUUAGCAGCUUUGUGUCUGAGUCAGUAAACAUAAUGAGUUUGGUUUUAUCAGGAUUUUUGAUCAGUUCCAAUUCACAAAAAGUAUGUCUGGAUUAAAACUGAAGCACUUGUUAAAUAACAAAGCUGAUACUGUAUUGAAACGAGCAUUACAUAACAUGAAACCACUCGAUUAUGUUUACUUAUUUGUGAAACAGUCAUUUUUUAUUAUUUUUAAUUUUUUUUAUAUAUAUAUUAAAAAAACAUGGCCUAUAGAGUCAAAGCUUUAACAAGUCACUAUGUUUGAAUUCAUUUUUCAUCCAGAUUUCCUAUUUUCUAAAUCUAUUAUUAUUAUUAUUAUUAUUAUUAUUAUUAUUUAUAUGUUUAAGCAUUGCCAUGGUAUGUCCCACUCAGUUCCACGGGCAGAGACAGGUGCACCUGGAUAAGAACUUCUUCCUGACCCAUGCUCAGACAGCGAGGUCAGAGACCUUCAUCAACCUGAGAGAGGUCAGCACACGCUUUAAGCUGCCGCCCGGCGAAUACCUGAUCGUCCCAUCCACCUUUGAACCGCACCUCAACGGAGACUUCUGCAUCCGCGUCUUCUCAGAGAAGCAGUCAGAGACACAGUAAGACACUCACUGUGUGUACCUAUGCGUGUGUGUGUGUUUGUUUGUGUAUAUUUUAGUCCUCAGUCUGAACACAAACCGUCUGUGUGACUCUGAAAGGACGCUUUGAGAGGUUUCUGUUUACUGAGGGGCGGGGCUUAAAGCAUGUGUAGGUGUGUUUUUGCAUCUGUGUGUGUGUGUGUGUGUGUGUGUGUGUGUGUGUGUGUGUGUGUGUGUGUGUGCUCUUUAACACACUCUUUUUUGUGUGUCCUGUCAGACCCUGUGACGACCCGGUGAGCGCUGAGUUGGAGGACGUGAGUACAACUUCAGUUUUCCACUUCAGACUACAGAAAUGUCAUGUGGGCACAAUAAGACAGAACCCUUAGUGUGCCCACAUGAUAUCUCUGUAGUCUGGUCAGUUUCAGAUAACCAUAUGAUGCAGGUUUUAUAUUUUAGGUCAAACACACUCCUAUCAGGGAUUAAAGGUGAAUUAAUGUAACAAAAAUAGAGUUCUGUGUCUCAGGGUAAGGCUUGAGAAACUUAAGUAUAAAUCAGUAAAGGAACACCUCACACCUGCAAUCACUUCACAGGCACAUGAGCAGGUUCCUGUUCUUUGUCAGAGACUGUGUGAGUCUGAUUUUUGUCUCUGUGCUGUGUUCAGGAGACAGUGGCUGAUGAGGAUGUGGACGCAUCAUUCAGAGGACUCUUCAGCAAACUGGCCGGAGAUGUGAGUUUUCUUUUUUUAACAUGUCUCUUAGGCCUCCGUUAUGUAUUCACAUCAUUGUUUUAAAAUAAAAUCUCAUCCAUACAAAACCGUGUAAUUGUGGUAUUGACUGCAGUUAUAAGCAUGCCUGACCUGGAGUUGGUUGAAUUUGGAAAAAAAUUAUCUACUAGUUAUCGCAGCCAAUAACGUUUGGGAAUUUAAAACCCUUGUCAUCUAUGUCCACAUGCAAACUUAAAACUGGAGUUCUCCAAAAUCUUCACUUUGGCCGAAGUUUUCUAAAAGCACCGUUUUCAAUUAUGUAAUCCUGCGGUUUUGUGUGGAUGGCCAGCCCAAACGUAUAAAAAUAUAUUUGUUCAAGCAAAUACCCGUCCACGUGUGGACAAGGCCCUGAAAACUUGAGUGACGCCGCCCAUCUGAGCUCAGGUAACAGGUGUGAUGUAUUUCUUGUCCCUUUCAGGACAUGGAGAUCUCUGCAGUCGAGCUCAGGACCAUCAUGAACAAGAUCGUUGCCAAACGUAAUUCAGAGCUGAUUGUUUACCUGUUUACUUGAUCACCUGUUUACCUGCUCAGUUGUAGCUGUAACUGCUGUGUGUGUUUACAGGUACAGACAUAAAGACUGACGGCUUCAGCAUGGAGACCUGCAGGAUUAUGGUCAACCUGAUGGAUGUAUCCUUCACCCACCUGUAAUUAAAGCGAAGAGUUAAUGCAAAUCUAUGGUACAGCAAUAUGAUAAUAUGAGGUGAUAAAAUAUGAAAUGAUAUGAUAUCAUAAGAAAAGUUACCGUAUGAUAUGAUAAAAUAUGAUUGGAAAUUAAACAAAUUGUCACGAUGCCAUUAAUGAUAUGUGAUAGAAAAUGAUUGAAUGCAGGUAACAAUAGAUAUUGUGCUAUAGUAUUGAGUGUGAUACAUUUGGUUUGUUAGGUCAAGUUAGAAUAAGAAAACAGAUCAUGAGACAGUCAUGAAGAAGGCGUGGUGCAGGACUUGUGACUAUGAAGGACACAGUUUGUGGUGAUUUUCCUCCAAACUAAUAAAAACAUGUUACCCUCCAACAGAGAAUAUCUCAGAUUGGCAUGUUUUUAGUCCAGGAAGUCCUGCUGUCUUUGGAUUUAUAAGAAACCUUUUUAGAAAAUAUUCACUGAUUUCUCUUUGAGCUGAUUGUGUCAGAAAACUCGAAGUCAAAGUAGCUUUAGUUUAAAAAACUACCGUUCCUCAAGUGCCCACCAGAUGCUGUGUCCUGCAGUCAGUCCCCAUAAACCCCCAUGUUAAAAUGUCCUUUAUACAUUAAACCUGCUUUAGUUUUUGGUCUUUAACACACUCAGCAGGACAGUGGGAACGGAAAACUUGGCCUUGGAGAGUUUGCCACUUUGUGGAAGAAGGUGCAGAGAUACCUGGUGAGACCUGUGACCUUUGACAUUUGCACCUUGAUGCGUCUGAAUCUGUCCGACACAGACCAACAGCUGCUUUGUGUUUCUAUCUGUUAACAGUCAAUCUAUAAGAAGAACGACACUGACAACUCGGGCACAAUGAGCACUCCAGAGAUGAGGAUCGCCUUCAAAGACGCAGGUACACUCUAAUUCUUCUUCUACUGUAGAGAAACACACUAAAGUGCACAUCUGCUGAUCCAUCUUGGUAGAGAUGAUGAUGUUUUUGUUUUGAUGACCGUUAAACUUAAAAAAAAAAAAAAUUUGAAUGUCUGCACACAGCUCAUUCAUUUUAGAGCUUCUUUCUCUGUACCUGAUUUAGAAUUUCAAAAACAGGACUUUAAGCAGCAGUUUGGCUCUGUUCUGUAUGGUGGCCCUGAAGGUCAUGUGUGCAAAAAAUUCACUGAAGGCCUAAAAUAUUUAAUUCAACAACCUUAUCACAAGACAUAAAGUUUGGAUUAAACUCAGGCUGUGUGUGGGACCUGUCUUUAUAUAAACUCCUGUUUAACAAAAACACUCUUAGAGUGAACAGAGUUUGAUGUCUGUUCUGCUAACAGUUAACUCCAUCUAAUUCCUCUUCUUCUCUGUCAGAUGGAGUUAUAUAUGUUUUUGCAGAUGAUUGACUCCUCAUGUUUAAACUCUCUCUCUCUCCCUCUCCCUCUAUCUCUAUCUGUGUGAGUCACGGUAUUUCCUCUGACUCAUGAAGGAGGAUCCUCUAUUUGUCUAACUGAGAGGAGGAAACACUGACUGUUUCCAUAGACUGUAUAUACUAUGGACAACUUGGUUCCGCCUUCUGUCAUUGUACAAAUUUGAAGCCAAAUUGCUCUCGGUAUUUCCGGGAUUUUCUCCACUUCCUAGAACCAGCACUUGCACAGUAGCCUUGUACACAUUCAGUGGGAGAGUUGCAGAGAGUCGCUUUGAUGACGCUUGGCUCAAACAGCGUAUCCCCGGGUGAGCUACGCAAUCUUCGUAUGCCCAUAGGCUGUGUCAAGUGUCAAUCAUAGUAAACAUGACUGUAACUGUAACUACAUGUCAACAUCGCAAGCAGGGGGGAGAAAAAUUUAUAUUCUUUGUAAAAAAAUUCUAAAAGUUGUCCACAACACCAUAGGGAUUGCUGGAGGAGGCAGGAUUUAUGACCUAUACUGCACCCAGUCACUAGAGGGUGCUGUUCUCGCGGUGGCUUCCCCCAGCGAGGGGGCAGAUGGUGUCCAUUCUAUACACAGUCUAUAACCGUGUCUCCCUGACUGACCUGAACUCCCUUCAAAGCUCAACAGGAAGUCACCCUUUUGACUUUCAAAAUAAAAGUUUAACCCCUCUCUGUCUCUCUUACCUUGGUAUGUUAUUCACCCCUUUCUCUCUCUCUGUUUGUUUUUUCUGUCAGACCGAGGCUGACGGUAUGUUUCCUUCUAUGCUUUGACUCCUUUAAAUCUCCACUGAAAACUGUUGAAUCAGCAGCUUUUACUGAUCUUACCCUGAUUUCUAUUUUUUUAAGUGUGAAUUAUUUUCUGUAUCAGGGCCUUGUUCAAACUCUCAGUUUAAAUAUUUUCUUCUUUUGUCAGACACGUUUUGAAACUAUAUAACACAAAGGUGCUUUAUGAUAAAAUAUCACCAAUAAAGAUGACAAUGAUUAUAAAAUGAUAAUAAUGUUAAUAACUGUGAUAAUAAUAAUAAUAAUAAUAAUAAUAAUAAUAAUAAUAAUAAUAAUAAUAAUAAUAAUAAUUAUUAUUAUUAUUAUUAUUAUUAUUAUUAUUAUUUAUAAUAAUGUUAUGCCUUUCAUGAUUAUAUGAUUAUGACUGCAUUUAUUUUAAUUAUAAUUAGUAUUACUGGUUAUCUGUAUUAUCAUCAUGAUUAUGAUUAUUGUUGGGUUCCAUUUUUAUUCUAAAUUUCCAUAAUUUAUAUAUUAACUGUGAUAACUUUCAUCAGCAAUGGCUGGAUUUAUAUCUAAUUAUCUUGUGUCAAUACAAUAGGAAGCAUAUGCUUUAUUAGCAUUGCUAGCGACAUGAAGCAUGUUAAUUUAGUGUUAGACUGCUAUCAGUGUUAAAAAGUAGUGUACUCAAUAAUGUAAAGCUCUUACAGCAGUAUUAACCAAUUAAGCUCAGUUAGCAUCUUUAUUAAUGUUUCAUUAGUGUUGCAGGCAUCUUAGCAGAGUUAGCUUGGUUGAUAGCAUAAACCUUGCUUUAUUCGCACUGUUGUUUAGAGUUUGUUUCGUCAGUGGUAUCAGAUUAUUUAGCUUCAUAAGCAUUGUUAGCUUGGUUUGUAUUGUGUAGGUCAUUUUGUGUUUGUAUAAAAUCUGCAGCAAAGUUCUGAUGUUUGGACUCAUGUUUUUUUUUUUUUUUUUUGCAGCUUCAUGAUUGUUUUGUUUCUGUCUUUUUCAGUUUUUUUAUUAGGUCUUUUUGUGUUUCUGUCUCACUGUCUAUGGUUAAAUUGUGUCCACAGAGUUAUCACAGUAUGUUUCAGGUUGUUGAGGUAGUUGUGUUUGAUUUAAUUCUACAGUGUUAAUAAAAAUAAAAAUAUUAGAUUAAAUAUUUGUAGCAGAGAGAAAAAAAAGCUAACUAUCAAUUAACCUCUGUGGAUAUCAUGUAGCCUGAACUCAGUGUUGAAUAGCUUAGCUUCUGUUUAGUUCAGUUUGAUGAUGAUGAUAGUGUUAGCAUGCUAACAGUCUGACUUUUAUCCCCCUUGCAGGUUUCACCCUGAAUAACACUAUCUACCAGCUACUGGUGGCAAGAUAUGCUGACCCUGACAUGACCAUCGACUUUGAUAACUUUGUGGGCUGCCUGAUGAGGCUGGAGAUGAUGUUCAGUGAGUCCUCAUCAUUCAUACUGUACAUCUAAACAGUCUAAAUGCUAGGAGCUAGCACCUUCUCUGCCAGUGUUAAACUAAAUCUUAUUAGAAAAUGGCGUCAGCAUUUAGCUUAACCCUUACUGACUCUGGUCUGUUUCUGAGACUAAAGAACUAAAUAUCAAAACACUGUCUCGGCCUCAUAUGCAACAUUUGAUCUGUCUUCCUUCUCAGACAUCUUUAAGAAGCUUGAUCCUCAAGAGAGCGGUUCCAUCAAGCUGGACUUCCCCCAGGUGAGCACAAAUGAACACCUUUGGAGUCAUGGUGAAGACUCUUUGCCUUCAGGUGUCAAAAAACUUUUUUUCCCUCUCUUUUUCCUGCAGUGGUUAAACUUCUCCAUGAUCUGAGCCACCGCCCCGUGAUAUCACACAAAGCACCAGUGUUACUGCAGGACACCAUAUUUCCCGUUUACAGCUUUUCCUCCUGUCUGCUAACGUUUUCUAUGUGAGGCUUCUGUUGUACCCACACUACCUGACUGACAGUCUGUGUAAAGUCAAUAAACCUAUCCUCAAACCGUC